GUGGCCACAGCUCCCGGCUUCUGUCCCCGGUCCACCUGCGCCUAGCUCAUUUUCUUGGCUUCAGUCUACUUGUCCGAGAGACCAUGGAGGUAUAGAUAACAAAGCAAGAAAAGCAGGACCCAUUCGGCUGGCUCUGUGGAUCUCUCCUGCAUGCACUGACAAUCUCCAAGGAGCAUGAACCCCGCCCUGGGCCUGGGCCUGCUUCUGGCAGGCCUCCUCACGGCAGAGGGUCUUCUGAAGCCCCGCCUUUCUCUCAAGAAUCAAGAAGCGGCGAGCCAGGCCCAAGCACAGAAGGGGAGGGCGGCAGCCAAGCAGCUGUCGAGGCCAAACAUGGACUUCGGCUUCAAGCUGUACAAGAACCUGGCCUCUGCCAGCCCCAGCAAGAACAUCCUCUUCUCCCCCGUGAGCAUCUCCAUGGCCUUCUGCAUGCUGUGCCUGGGCGCCCAGAACACCACGCUGGCCGAGAUCAAGCAGGGCCUCUACCUCAGGGACGUGCCGGAGCAAGAGCUCCACGAGGGCUUCCAUUACCUGAUCCAGAGCCUCAACCAGGGCGACCAGAACCUCCACGUGAGCCUCAAGACUGCCUUGUUCAUUGACCAGAGGCUGCGGCCGGAGAAGAGGUUUUUAACAAGCGCCAAGAACCUGUACAGUGCAAACAGCAUCCCCACCAACUUCCAGAACAAGGACAAUGCCCGGAAGAAGAUCAACGACUACAUCAGUCAGAACACCCAGGGGAAAAUCAACACCCUGAUCAAGAAUAUCGAUCCCGGCACCGUGAUGCUUCUUGUCAACUAUAUCUUGUUUCGAGCCAGGUGGAAGCAUGAGUUUGACCCAAAACUAACCAAGGACGAAGACUUCGUGGUGAACGAAAACAAGCCGGUGAAGGUGCCCAUGAUGUUCCACGGGGGCACGUACGAAGUUGCCCGUGACGACCAGCUGUCCUGCACCGUCCUGGCCAUGCCCUACCACAGCAACAUCACGGCUCUCCUCGUGCUUCCGGGGGAGGGCCGGAUGAGGCAGGUGGAGGAGGCCUUGGGGAUGGACACGCUGGACCGGUGGAAAAAUCUAAUGAUGCGAAGGGUUGUGGACGUGUCCGUGCCCAGGUUCUCCAUCAUGGGCACCUACGACCUCAAGAAGAUUCUCUCCUACGUGGGCAUCACCAAAAUCUUCGAGGAGAACAGCGAGCUCACCAAGAUCGUGCCGAAUCACAGCCUGAAAGUGGGCGAGGCGGUGCACAAGGCCAAGCUGAAGAUGGACGAGAAGGGCACGGAGGGCGCUGCGGGCUCUGGGAUGGAGACGCUGCCCAUGGAGAGGCCGCUGGUCUUCAAGCUGAACAGACCCUUUCUGGUAAUCAUCGUGGAGAACCUCAUGUCCACCAUGCUCUUCCUGGGGAAGAUCACGAAUCCCACCGGCACCUAGGGAGGAGCUCCGGUCUGCUGCAGACCCCAGCCCCGGCCUGAGGGGCUGGCGACGUUUCGUCUCCCCGGGACUGAGACCACGGGACAUUCUAAUCUAUUCCCACAUCUUGGGGCCCGCCCUUGUCGCCCAGCGGGCAGCACUGCCGGGCUCCGGCUUCUGUGCUGAGCCCCCUCCCUGCCCGUACAAAUGCAGGGGGGUUAGAUGCCCCCUCCACCCCCUUGGCUGCAGAGAUUCCUCUCCCCGCACAGGCAGGGGACUUCUGGGAUGUAAUAAACACCCUCCACAGG